AUGUCGACUCGCGAUUCAGAAGGCAGCCCUAGCGCCGUCGAUACCAGCAGUCAUGUGGAACAAACAGCAAAUUCCCCACCCAAGUCUGCACCAGACAUUGCAUGCAAUACCUGCCGAAAAGCGAAACUCCGGUGCUCGCGAGACAAGCCGUCUUGCGCGUAUUGUAGAAAGACUGGUACGGUCCUCUUUAUGACGUCGUCGCACAUAGGCGCGAGCGUCAAUUCCCAAGACAGUACAGCACGUGAGAUUGUAAAUCUCCUCGCUAGAGAACUUCCGAAGCUUGUCCAUGGAUCCACCGAAACCUCGCCUCGAUCGUGGUUCACUCAGGAAACACGAUUGGGCUCAAAGCGAAGACGUGUACCCGAUGAUGAGGAUAAGAAGUGGGCAGUCGACUUUGCCGACUCAAUGUCAUUGAAUCCGGCUCACUUGGAAGAGGCAGUCACCGCGUACUUCUUUUAUGUCCAUCCGUGGAUCCCAAUGAUCCACGAAGGACGCUUUCGACAACGCUUGGAGCAAGAAGACCAGCGUGCGAGACUCGUAGUGGUGGUUGAGGCCAUGGUUGUUGCGGCAUCUAAAUUCGUGCCAAAUGCAUCGAUACCAGCCGGUACAAUCGCGCGAGUACGAAACAGGGUAGUUACAGCAGCGAUGGAUUGCCUUUGCCUAGAGAGUCUCCAGGCUCUCAUCAUUGUAGCUUAUAACGACAUUGGAGAUGGAAACGCCGCGAAAGCCUGGUCACUCGUCGGUUCACUCACGCGCACAGUUGAGUAUAGCCAACUGGCGCAAGAGCGCGAAGACAACGAGCACCGAUCACUUUGCCAGCCAUUCGAGGUCUUAGAUCAUACGUCAGACUGGACCGAACUUGAAGAGAGACGGCGAAUCUUCUGGAAUGUGUUCGACCUCGAUCGCUUCUGCUCUGUUGCAAUGGGUUGGAAUACAAGUCUGACAUCCGCGGAUGUUUAUCGUCGAUUACCAUGUGAUGGCCACCUUUGGCGCAAAGAACAGGCUGUCAAAACCCCAUACUUUGGCAUCUGGGACAAGUCAGCUGGGAAAAUGGGAGUUCCGAUAGGUUUCUUGGUCGAAGAUGAUGACCUUCCAGAAAAGGCCAAAAGGAUCUCAACAGCGGACUCACGUGCGCCCCAAGGAUUGAAAGCUGCAGAUAUGUCAAAUGUGGGUGCAGUCGCGUAUCGCAUUGAAGCCACUGAGUCAAUGUCCCGUGUGGCAAUCUGUUUCCUGCAGCAGAAAGUCAACAUGCGCAGCCAGCAGGAGAUAUCGUCUUGGCUUACCAGGUUUAAAGAGUUGGAUCUGCGGUUGGUACAUUGGAAGAUGCUUCUUCCCCAAAAAUGGAAGAGCAACCCUAAUAUGACUCGGCCAGUUCUACUCAUGGAUCCGAAUCUCACACUGGCCCACGUUACGCACAACGCGACUAUGAUCCUGCUGCAUCAACUCAUAGCCUACCCUCCCUUUCACUGGCCAUUCCGUAGUCGAUUGCCAAGCAGUUGUUCCAUCGAAGCUUGUUAUUCAGCGGCCAUGGAAAUUGCUACGAUCAGCCAAAGAUAUCUUGCCAAUUCCCCGCAAAGUCGCCCAGUCGCGAGUCAGUUCGCCUUUUGUAUUUUCAUUGCGGGAAGAGUUCUUCUCAUCCAUUGGCGCUCUAGCCCUCGAAACGAAUUUCCAAAUGAGUUUUGGAAUCUGGUGCAGUGCCUGGAAGAGAUGUCAAGGCGUUGGACAGGUCUUUCCCCGAUACAAGCUCAUAAUCAAAAUCUGUCGGGACGAUAUGUCGCACGUCUCAAAGAGCUCUACAUCUCAUGUGUUAGAGAUGAGGCUUUCCGAAUCUCAGUCGCUGAUUAUACCAACGAGAUUACAUAUCGCGUCAACACGUCAUCCGAAUCAAUCCAACCUCGACGGCCGAUGCAUACCAACGAGAUGCACCCACGACCGGACAUGCCUAUCUCUGGAGUUAGCAACGCAGAAUGUCCUGUUCGACAGACCGACCCGCAGCCAGAUGCAACAAUGUUCGGGGAUGCGAGGAUGGAUAUAGCAGAUAUCGAUAAUCUGGAGGGCGUGGAUUUCGACACUUUGCCGCAAUUGAUGCUGGAUCGGCACUUCAUUGAUAUGGACCGCAUAAUCGCAUUCGAAGAUGGGAGCAUGUUUGCCGCCACGGUCGAUAACGGCAUGUUCUAG